UCAAACGUGACACUUACUUGCUGGUCCGUAUUAGCAUAGACAAAAUCAUGAAAUGCACAAAUCCCCAGAUUUACAGAGCCGGUGCCAGUGUAAAGAACAACAAAAAGAUCAAUGCAGUUAAUUUUGGAGACAUGAAAUAUUUUUCUGUAAAGGUUCCAAUGCAGAGAAGUGAUCCUAGGAAUAGAAUUACUUUAGAAUUGGUGGGCUUUGAAGGACCGAAAGACUUUCCAAGACUGUUUGGAAAUGUGUCUGUGCACCUUUAUGAAGUCAUUCAGAAGCAGACCUUCACCGAAGUAUUUGCUAUGAGAAUUAGAAAUAUGGUUUUCUGCACAGCAGAGGUGGAAUUUAUGUUCUGCUAUGGAUGUUUUGGAUAUGGCUAUUCCCAUCAGCUGAAACUGCCAGGUGCAGAUCCCGCCAAGGCUGUAGCAUACUCCAUGUUUCUGAGGGUUCCCCCACCGGAAAACAGAAAAGAUCUCUCAAGGAACGUCAUCAAGCCUCAGCGCAUGGAUUACCCUGCAUUCUUAUCUCCAGAUCUAAAUGUCACAGUUGGGAAGGUUGAACUAGACGCCCCUACAGAAAAUUCGGAGCAGUACCAAAGUCUUCAGAAGGCUUUGAAACAGCCACCACGAGAGAGGUUGGAGAGAAUGAAAAAAGAAUAUCGGAGUCUGAAAACAUGGCGUGAGAAGGCAGAUUAUUUAGACCAACUCAUCUUAAAAAGGGGUCCAAAAAUAAAACCUAGUCAAGCAAAGGUGUCUCGCUUCAGAGAAAUUGUUGGGAAGAUGCAACUGCCUUUUGCUCAAAGAAGUGGAAUUUCUUCAGAGAAAGUAAUUAAAGAAGAAAUAACCCAGCCUGAAAUGCAGCCGCCUGAAAUUCAGCCACCUGAAAUGCAGCCCGCUGAAGGCCAGGAAUGGGCAAAUGUUUCUCAUGCUGUAUCGCACAUGCUUUUGCCACAAGUCAUAUCUGAGCCAUCUCACCAAGAAACCGAGUCGGAAGGAGAGACGUCGGAGUCGGAGGAGCAAUUAGCAAGGACUUGCAAAUUCAGUCUACCUCCUGAAACACUCCAGCCUGUCCCAGCAGUGACUGUAACAUCAAGCCCCUCUGGCUCUCCAGAAUCUUCAGAGGGUGGAGAUGUCCUGGAGAGGAAAGUUAGAAGAGAAAAAAUUUCCCAGGAGUCUGAAACGUCACUAUCUAGUUCAAGUGGAAUCCCGGCAGAGUUUUCCGAGGCUGGGGAUUCCGAAGGCCUUAAUUUAGCAGGUUUUGGGAGCCAGGGGGUACAAGAAGAAACUCCUAGCACGCCAAAAAAAGUAUCUCCUGCAGAAUAUCCACCAGAACCAAUCCAGGAAUUGCAUACUAGAUCCGAAGUUCCUGAGAAGGUAUCGGAUGAGUUUGUGGCACCUCAGCUACGAGAUUCACUUACUGAACCAGUACAGGAAUGGCCUUGGAAGGAUAUUGGGUUUCAAGAAGCAGUUUUUAGCAGGAACAAGUUUGAACCAUUCUUGAGACAUGUCUGUAAAGAACAACCACCUCCAUUUAAGAAAAGUCAAUCAGAUGAUUUCAGCCAUCUAGAAGAAACAUAUCCACUUGAUGAUAUGAAAGAACAAGAAGACCAAGAUCCACCGGAUGGACUAUCUUUAACAAAAGCGGACAAUACUCCAGAUGCCAGAUUAACCAAGAGUGGUGAACCGCUAUCUAUUCUAAGACUCAUAGAAAGAAAAAUAGAUUUAGAAGAGGAAGGCAAAAAAAUUAUCACACCGACUAAAAAAGAAUCCUAUGUACAGGCUAUAUCUUCUGGUAUUUUUCAGAAGCCACAAGGAGAUGAACUAUCAGAAGCAGAAAUAGAAGAGGCCCAGGUUUACUUUAAGAAAUCUCUAGAAGAUUUUCUUGUGGAUAAACUUGUAAAAAUAUCAGCAGUGAAAUCACUUCUUAGCCAAAACAUUGAAAACCUGGUUGCAGAGAGACUCUCAGAAGCAGAGCUAUCCCAAGAAUUAGAAGACAGUAGCUCACUGGAUGACAAAGAGAAGUGUUUACCUGUGGGAAGUAACUCUAGCUCUGUAGAGACUUUUUCAGAACCAUAUAUGAAACAACUGAAAGAAUUAGUAAGUUCUAACUUGCAAACUCGUCUUACAGGAGAAUUGUCUGAACAAGGGAUAAUCCCAGAGACCGAACUAGCUGAGAAAGACCAGGCUUCCCUUCAGAGUUCUGCUGAUUUGCUUAAGAGAAGAGAAAGUUUGUCCAAAGAAAGAAUUUCACAAUCUGAAAUAACAACAAUAAAAUCACUAAGUGACCGUCUAUCAGGAAAUAUUUCCAAAACCGAAUCCAUAGGGAGCAAUAAAGGAAGUAGUAACGAGAAUCAACCAAAGGUUACAAAGCCAGGUUCAUCUGAAAGCAAAGUAUACGACAGAGAUAAAACCACUUUCUCUUUUAAGAACAAAGACAGUUCAGUAGAAGGAACAAAUGCAGAGGCAAACUUAGAAAGUGGACACUCCAAACAGCCCCUGGAAAUAAUUAGAGUAACAUUACCAUUGAGCAACAAAGAAGCAGAUCGUAAUAAGCAGUCACUUUCAACUUAUGACAGAGUCCUAGAAAAAGUUUUAAAAGCAGAAAUAACUAGUUUGAAAUCAUUUUUAAGCAAAAAGCUUCAGGACCAUCUUAAAGAGAAACUUUCAGAAACUGGAAUAACUCCAGAGGACUUGGAAACAGUAUGCCGGAAGUUGUCCUUAGAUGGCAAACACGUGGCACCAGAGAAGGGUGCACUGCAAGAGGUCCAGAUUUCAUCUAAGGAAGACCUCACUGAAGAAGCACCUCUAUUAAGAGAAAGUAUUCAAAACUUGUUAGAUGCACUUUCAGACAAUGAAAUGAACAAUCUGAAAUCUGCAUUGUCCAAAAAGGUACAGGAGCAACUUUUAGAAAGACUUUCUAAACUACACUUCAUUAAAGAAAAGGAGUUAAAGAAAAUACUUGAAAACCUGUUUCCAGAUACGGCCAAAGAAACAUCACAAAUGGAAGUUAAAGGAUCAGGUUUGCCCGCAGAAGGACAAACAGCAGCCCCCCUAACUCAAAAUCUGCAUGAGAGAUUUUCAGAAAAGGAACUACAAAAUCUAAAGGAUCUCUUAAGCAGACUUCUGAAAGAAGAUCGCAAAGAUAAACUUUCAGAAUCAGAAAUAAAAGGCUUAACAUCCAUUUUACAGAAGAGCUUUGAGGAUCUUCCCGUACAAAACAGUUACGAGACUGGGAUAAGCAAAGAAGUAGAGAUAAAGGAUGAAUGCCGUAGUAUAUCUUUGUCAGAUGUUGAAACAAGGUUCAAGACUAGUAACGCAGAGGUAGUGUCUAACAGGGGAAAGGUUCGCUCAAAGGAAAGUCGUCAUAAAAUUUCAGCAGCUGGUGAAAAACAAGGUGCAAGAAGAGAAAGUCUAGACCAUUCAGUAAACAGUAUUUUUGAAGUAGAAACAAAGAGCCAAGAAACCCAGACCACAUUUCACCCAAAAAGGGGGAAGCAGGGUUCUAGAAAAGAAAGCCACAGGUUGCCAGGUUAUCCGAAUAAUCUUCCGGAGACCUCCGUUUCCAAGAGAGGAUCGUUUGAAGCAGGAUUGAAAAGCAAGCCACCUGAUGAACAUUCAAAGAAAAUAUCCGAACCGUUUGCCUUCUCUUCCUUUUUGAGUGCACAUGAUAUUGGUGUCCAAACAGAUAUAAAGAAUUACCUUUCCAAACCACCCGAUUAUCUCUCCAAGCCUCCCUUCCCAGUAAAUCCCCAGACGUUUCUCCUUUUACAUUCAGAAUCUGAGGAAGAAGCUAAGCCAGCUGGCAAGCCACACCAGAGGACAAAAAACAAGAGGAGGUCUGACAAGAAGAAGGAUGCUGGGGCAGGCCCCACACACCAGGCAGUGGCAGCAAGUGCUCCGACCAGGAAGGAAAGGACAAGUAAUGGAAACGGACCUAAGGAGGGUUUGAAAGAAAAAGGCAAGAAGCGUGGCGAACCACCUUGUCCAAAGCUAAGCGUGACAGAAAACAGGAAGGAUUCGAAAACAGUACUCUCUGCCGGUGGCGUGAGAAAGGAAAGCCUGAAACACAAGUCUGAGAAGAAGCAGGACAAUGAGGUGAAGCCACGGAAAUCUCAUAGCAAGACUGCUGCCCUGUCUGAACCCCAUCUACAAAACCUGGCAAAAAAUCUUACAGAAAAAUCAUCUGCCACAAAAAUUUCAGCUUCUGGACGUGCAAAAGUAAAUACACUGAUCCCUGCAGAACCAGAUGAAUUAAAUGCAGAAUCUUUCAAGCAUCUUGAAAAGGCGGUUGAAAGGGCUCUUUUUGACUUAGGAAGAGUCCCAGAAAGCAGCUCCCUCCAAGGGAGGCCAAACACUGCUCCAGGUGCUGAUGCUCUCAUCUCUAAAAAUGCAUCGCGGUCCUUUUCCUCUGUCUUCGAGACUCCAAGAAAUCAAGCAGGCUCAAUAUCGGAGAUGUUCCACAAUCAGGAGCAAACCUUGAAAAUGACACCUGAACAACUGGAAGUAGUACUUAGGAUUCUCCAAAAGGUUUUGAAGCAUAACACUCUGUCCCAAGAAUGAAUGAAACUCUCGGUGUCCAAACUGGUUGUGUCUGUCCUUUUGUGUCACCAUUUUGUCCCAGCUGUGAUACAAAAUAAAGCCCUCUUUGUACAUAC